AUGGACCUUCAGAUCAACGACCCGGCGCCGAUACUCGGACCGCUGUAUCGCUGGCGUUCUCGCGAUGCGACGAAUUCGUUAGAUAAAAUCUACGCUUUGAUGGGGUUGCUUCCCUUUAAGAGCGUGCCCUUCUGCGACUAUACCAUCUCCGAGACCGAGUUGUAUACUCGAGUCACUUUGGACCUCAUCCGCCAUCACCGAGGCUUGCUUCCGGUGUGCGGUCGUCGCGGCGAGCCUCGCAUGACUCCUGGGCUGCCAUCCUGGUACGUUGAGCCUGAAAUAACGCCCGAGGGCACCGGCCUGGUUCUUCAGGGUAUGCAGGUGGACAAGAUUGCGGUGCUGGGAUCUGUCAAUUACCUUCUUGACCACCGACAACUCAACUCUGAGGAAUACGACGAGCACACUCUACAAACAAUCAGCUUAUGGUCGUCUGUGUUCUACAAUUGGCUAGGCGAUCGAUCGAUAGACGAGCCAUAUAUUGGUAACAAAGCCAUGGCAUGUCUGGAAGCCGUCUGUCGCGUCUUGAUUGGAGACCUCGUUUACCACGGCUCUGAACCAAACCAUCGCGCUUCACAAGAAGAUGUAGCGAGAGUUCAGAACUAUGCCCGGGGUGGCUGGGACCCUAACAUUGCCUCCAGUGCACGGGAUAUGGCAAGAAGUCAGGCAUUCUUCAUCACAGAAUCUGGGUACUUUGGCAUUGGACCUCCAGAUGCAAAGAUUGGUGAUAAGGCUUGGGUGUUUCUGUGCGGUAAUGUGCCACAUGUCAUACGGAGAAGCAGCGAUCGGGGUUUGGAGUUUGAGUUCAUCGGGGAUGCAUACGUCCAGGGCAUAAUGGAUGGGGGGGUUAUAGCCAAGUCGGCCACGGCUAUUGAGACUGUCACACUUAAAUAA